AUGGCUUUGCCUGGCCGCAGGUCCAAGAACCCCAAGACACUGGCUUUCCUUCUAGUGGGUGUGACUUUCGUGGUGCUGCACCAGUGGUUUCUCCAGGAGCCCAUGCAGAAGAACAUUGAGGUCCCCACCGCUGCUCCCCUGUCUUCUGCGGCAGCGGUGCAGCUGUCGCCACGCCUCCAGACGCCCCCUUGCGUGGCCAACGCCUCUGUGAACCUCACGGCCGGCUUCCAGGAGCUGCCGGCCCGGAUCCAAGACUUCCUACGCUACCGCCACUGCCGCCGCUUCCCGCAGCUGUGGGACGCGCCCCACAAGUGCGCGGGCCACCGCGGAGUCUUCCUGCUGCUGGCCGUGAAGUCUUCACCCGCGCAUUACGAGCGGCGGGAACUGAUCCGGCGCACGUGGGGCCAGGAGCGCAGCUACGGCGGGCGGCAGGUGCGUCGCCUCUUCCUGCUGGGGACCUCUCCUCCCGACGAGGCGGCGCGGGAGCCUCAGCUGGCCAGCCUGCUGGACCUGGAGGCGCGCGAGCACGGCGACGUGCUGCAGUGGGACUUCACGGACACCUUCCUCAACCUCUCGCUCAAGCACGUGCACCUGCUGGAGUGGACAGCCAAGCGCUGCCCGGGUGCGAGCUUCCUGCUCAGCUGCGACGACGACGUCUUCGUGCACACGGCCAACGUGGUGCAUUUCUUGGAGGUGCAGUCGCCCGAGAGCCACCUCUUUACUGGGCAGCUCAUGCACGGUUCUGUGCCCAUCCGCGACAGCUGGAGCAAGUACUUCGUGCCCCCGCAGCUCUUUCCGGGCAAGGCCUACCCAGUGUACUGCAGCGGCGGCGGCUUCCUCCUGUCCAGCCGCACAGCCCGGGACCUGCGCAGCGCGGCGCUCCAGGUCCCGCUUUUUCCCAUCGACGACGCCUACAUGGGCAUGUGUCUGAAGCAGGCCGGCCUGGCGCCCAGCCCCCAUGAGGGCAUCCGGCCCUUCGGCGUGCGGAUGCCGGGCGCGGAGCGCUCGUCUUUCGACCCCUGCGUGUACCGCGAGCUGCUGCUGGUGCACCGCUUUGCGCCCUAUGAGAUGUUGCUCAUGUGGAAGGCGUUGCACAACCCGCAGUUGCACUGCAGCCGCAGACACCAGGCAGGGCCUCCCGAGAGCAGAAAGCUGGGGAGCUGAGAGUGCGUCUUCCGAUCUGGACCCCGAUGCACACUGAUAUCACCCUGAGGGUAGUUCUGGAAAGCACUAUAUCCUAGCGCGUGUUCCUGGCCUCCACGUCAGGGGUUCUGGCCCUGUUGAUCAGGGGUGUCUUCAGACGUAGGUGUGUUUUUCUUAAUUUAAGCUAACUCCUAGACCUCUGGGGCUGGGAAUAUCUGUUUAUCCUCACAUACCAGCCUUCCCUGGGAACCUGUAUCCAUUCAUUGUGGGCAGCAAGAGAGGCAUGACUGCCAAGAUCAAUGUUAGCUGAGGGGAGCUUCCAGGAGGCAGUUUACACUCGGAACGAAGCCGUGUCUGGCAGCCUUGCUUCCACGACACUCCAGGAAUCUUGGAGUUCAAAGCAAAGCUCCUCGAGGGCAGCAGCGGGAGGAGUCAGCGUCGCGGACACCUUUCUGCAGCCCUGACUGUGAACUCCUAGUAGCUACGGAUUUGCUUUUCCACCGCUUUUGGAAAUGCUAUCUGUCCCAAUGGCGUGGAGUGUUAUCUGUGAGAACCCUGUACUGGUUUUGGUUUUCUAUUGCUGCUCUAACAUUCUCACCAAGGCUCAAAGCCUAGGAACAAGCCCACUCAUCCUGUAGUUCUCAGACAACACAGGUUCUUCUCAUUAAGCUAAAGCCAAGGUGUUGGUAAAACCGCCUUCCUUCCUGGGUAUCCACACACCCCACUUUAUUCCCUCGCUUCUAGAAGAGGCCUCCUUCGUCUUCAAAACCAACCAUGUUACAUUUCUCUACAGUCAAACUUCUGACUAUUCUUUCUCUGCUCUCUUUCCCUGGAGCUAAAAGCCAGGUUCACCUGGAUGACCCAGGCUUAGCUUGUGUCUGUUUGUUUAAGACAAACUCCCACAUAGCCCAGGCUGCCCUGAAACUUGCCAUGAGGUAGGUCAAGCAUGAGCUUGAAUUCCAGAACCUUCUGCCGCCCUUCUCUCAAAGGGUGGAUUACAGGUUUGUCUCCACACCCAGGCAAUAUCUUCAUGUUUUAAAGCCAGCUCCCUAGCGAUUCCAUAGUUCAUCUUGUUGUUCACACGUAACCUAUUUUAGUCACAGAUUCCAGGGUUUGGGGGUAGACAUACUUGGAGGACCAUCGGCUCUGUCUGUCACGAUGCCAGUUAAUAAUAAACGAAGGAAAUGAACACGUGACAGAUGCGCUUUCUUCUCAGCAAACAGUCCUGAUGCCCACUCUCACGGUGGACAACUGGGCAUCACCAAUCCAAAAGUUCCUGCUAUGGAGCCUUGUUCUCAGUUCCCUGGAAGAAAAUUGUCUCCAUGUUUUAGGUAAGGAUAUUAAGAGUCUGGCAUUUCAGGACUAGAGAAACAGCUCAACUGUUAAGAGUACUGAGUUCACCCGGUGGUGGUGGCUCACGCCUUUAAUCCCAGCACUCGGGAGGCAGAGGCAGGUGGAUCGCUGUGAG